UCCCGCCGCCACCGGAGAUCUCUUCUUAGAACUGAAGUGAAACAUCUAUCAGACAAAUGACCCUUGGUGUGCAUCGCUACGUGCAUUUCUGUUUGUUCCUGUGUUGCACUCACUCCACCACCAUUCCUAAGCCCAGUCAGUUUUCUCACCAGCUCAUGUUUUCUAGCCAGUCAGCCCAGUGUCCUUAAGUUCAUAUCUCUUCCCUUCUUUAUCCAACCUGCAUGACAAGUUUGACCUGCAGCUCAGGAUCAUCUACCCUUUGCUACGGACCAAAAAGCAAGUAGUAAUUGGACAGGACAGCCAUGUGCUUUACUGGCUGGUUUGUUUUAAAAGGAGAAAUGCUGAUGUGAAGGUUGUGCAGCACUUUUCUGAAAUACUCCGCUAGGAUGAGUAAUUUGAUCUGGUUUAACAUAUAGGAAAGUGCCUAUGCUGAGAAGAAUGGCAUUGAAACAGGUUUCCAGCAGCAAGUGCUUUGGCGGACUGCAGAAAGUUUUUGAACAUGACAGUGUUGAACUGAAGUGCAAAAUGAAAUUUGCUGUCUAUUUACCACCAAAGGCAGAAACUGGAAAAUGCCCUGUGCUAUAUUGGCUGUCUGGUUUAACUUGCACAGAACAAAAUUUUAUAUCAAAAUCUGGUUAUCAUCAAGCUGCUUCAGAACAUGGCCUUGUCGUCGUUGCUCCAGAUACCAGCCCUCGUGGCUGCAAUAUUAAAGGAGAGGAGGACAGCUGGGACUUUGGCACGGGUGCUGGCUUUUAUGUCGAUGCUACUGAAGAUCUUUGGAAAACUAACUAUAGAAUGUACUCUUACGUAACAAAGGAGCUUCCCCAACUCAUAAAUGACAAUUUUCCAGUGGACCCCCAAAGGAUGUCUGUGUUCGGCCACUCUAUGGGGGGCCACGGAGCUCUGAUUUGUGCUUUGAAGAAUCCUGGAAAAUACAAAUCUGUGUCAGCAUUUGCGCCACUCUGCAACCCAGUGCUCUGCCGUUGGGGCAAAAAAGCCUUCACCGGGUACUUGGGAACAGAUCAAAGUAAAUGGGAGGCUUAUGAUGCUACCUGUCUUGUGAAGUCCUAUCCAGGUUCUCAGCUGGAUAUACUAAUUGAUCAAGGGAAGGAGGACGAGUUCCUUUCCGAUGGACAGUUACUUCCUGAUAACUUCAUAGCUGCCUGUACAGAAAAGAAAAUCCCUGUUGUUUUCAGAUUACAAGAGGGUUAUGAUCAUAGCUACUACUUUAUUGCAACCUUUAUUGCUGAUCACAUCAGACAUCAUGCAAAAUACCUGAAUGCAUGAAAAACUUCAGAUAAGAAAACCUCUUCAGGAUUAUAAAAAUGUAAUAAACAGAAUUGCAAGGAAAUGAGAUUUUAAAACUUUGGAUUUCAUAAUGCUAAAAAUGCUUCAUUCUGUAGUUGAAUCACCCUCUGAAUAAAUAUAUCACACCUGC